AUGGCGGCUAGCAGUUCGGCUCCAACUGUUACCAACCCUUCUCCAGUCAAAACUCCGUCUACUCCAUCUGCGACUCCCACUUCCAACGUUCCUACGUCCCCGGCGGAAAAUCCUCCGACCCCUGCUACAACCCCCGCUGCUGAGGCUUCCACCCCGUCAGCCACUGAUUCUCAGGUUACGGCUACUCCGGCGCCUAAGAAAAGUCGCAAGACCCCGAAGUCGGCUGCUUUCAUCGCUGAUUCCGACGACGAUGUGGAGAUUGUUCAAGACGUGGUCGCAGAAGGGUCUUCCUCUGUUCGUGGUCGUGGUUCCCGUGGACGUGGCGGCCGCGGCGGUGGUCGAGGAGGUAGCUCUCGCAGGGCUGCCAUCCAUUCUUCCACUUCUGUGGUACGCGUGCCCUUCCACUUUGUUCCUAACUUGGACUUGACAUCUCCUGCUUACCUCAAGGUUACUUCGCUCGGCAAACGCGCUCGCAUUUCGGCCGAUACUCGCGCCUUGGAAGAGGUCAACAAGAAUGCCAUCACGGCUAAGUACCCCAACCUCUUCCCUGAUGCCGAUCAGCUUUCGCUCAACAACGAGUGGGUUACCGGUGUUCUGUCUCAAGUCCAGAACGUCCUCAGUAACUACUCUGAUGCAUUGGCUGUCGGUAUCACGGCGCGUGCCGCCCUCUCUGACAUUCGCUCAGAGAUUCUCCGUCGGGUCCACGUUAUCAGCAUGGACGUUCGCUACCUCGAAAUCCUGUUCGCAGAGUUCGAGAAGGUUCAGGCUAGCUUGGAGAAGGAGCUUCCUCCUCUUGAGGAAGAUGACCUUGUCUAUUCCGCCACCUCUCCUGGCUAUAGUCCUGCUUCUCCCAAUGCUGAGGACUUGGCUGUCGACGCGUCUGGUGAUGUGGCCAUGACUGAGGUGUAA